AUGGAAGCCCUAGAACAAUCAUAUCUCUACGGCACCUCCCCACUACCCCAAGAUGCCUCCUUAAUCCAUUUCAAAACCUACCUCUUUGGCAAACCAAUCUCCCAUUCCCUUUCCCCCCUCAUCCAAAACACCAUCUACCAACAAAUCCCCUCACAAUGGACCUUCCACCUAGCGGAAACAACGGACCCUAAAGUCUUCCAACAAACUCUAUCCGAUCAGUUCUGUAUCGGUACUUCAAUUACAAUGCCAAACAAACUAUCCUUCCAACCCGUCCUCGACGACAUAACCGAAGAAGCCCGUCUAAUGGGCUCAGUAAACACAACAUUCGUCCGCAUCGAUAAAUCCGGUCACCGACGAAUAAUCGGCACAAACACAGACUGCAUCGGGAUCAGAGACGCCAUCCUGCAGAAAUGCCCUGACGCCGUGGGGAUGGCACAACAAAAGGCCGCGUUGGUGACCGGAGCCGGUGGCGCAGCCCGAAGUGCUAUAUACGCAUUAUGGAAAUGGUUCAAGCCUUCCAUGAUUUAUGUGGCCAACAGAUCGAAAUCAGAAACGGACGAAAUGAUAGACUGGUUUCGGCAAUCUAUUCCAGAGUUGUUAAUUGAGGAUGUGAUGCAGGGAGCUGCGACAAUUCAGCCGUUUUUUGUGAUUGGGACUAUUCCCGAUUUUGAACCCCAAAGCCAGGAAGAGGUGCUUGUUCGGACUACUAUUGAUCGUGCCCUUCGCCAAUCUCAGAAAGGUGUUACGGUGGAUAUGUGUUAUUCGCCGUCAGUGCAGACGUAUCUUUAUGCGUUGGCGGAAGAUGAAGGGUGGACGGUUGUCUCAGGAGUGGAUGUUGUAGUUCGGGUUUGUAUUGCGCAGCAGAUAUUGUGGUUGGAAAAGGCUUUGGAUGAACGUGGGGUUCAUGAUGUAUUGGCUGCUGUUCGAAAGACCCAGACCGCGGGACAUGGCUGA